AUGUCGUAUCAACAACCGCAAAGUGGGAAAAUGUCCGAGAGACAGAGGGAUUUCCUUAUAGCAUUUUUAGAACAAAAUCCGAAGUUGGCGACGAACCAACUAGAUGCAUAUUACACAAGGGAGGUCUCCAACAAAAAGUGGGAAGAGGCCACCAUUAAGCUAAAUAGCCUUGGAGGAGCAUUCAAAACAGUCAAACAGUGGAAAAGGACAUGGACUGAUCUAAAAGUAGCCAGCAAGAAAAAGGCAGCCAACAUGAGAAAGAAUAGUUUGAAAACUGGUGGAGGGCCAGUUUCAUCAUCCUCCGAAGACGAUGAAGAUCAAACAGCUAUGCCUGUGACUAGCAAAGAGCCUGCAGCCUCGAUGCCAGCGACCGAGAGGGUGCUUUCACUUCUUGGUAAAACUGCUGUGGAAGGAAUCAGAGGGAUAAUGGAAAUAGGGAUAGAUGCACCACAGUAUGCAGAGAGUGACUAUGAAGAUGACCCCCUCCCUCCCCCGCCAAAAAGACCUAAUCUUAGGGAUGGAGAUUCUCAUCUAAACUCAAAGAGGAAGGUUGUGGGAGAGUGGGUGGAAAAUUCUAAGAAAAAGGCGGAAGCAAUGCAGAGCAUUGCUUCUGCCCUUAAUCACAUACCAAGCGUUGCUUCUGCCCUCAACAAUAUCGCCAAUCAAAUUGGGAGAUUGGCAGACUGCUUCGACACAUACAACAAAGCUACAAUUUAA